AAAUGUUCACAAAUGUGAAUAAGGACUCAUUUUGUAAUGAGAUCUCUGCGUGUGGUGGCGAUACUAAUGAUAAUAAUAUGGUGACCCCCAGUGUGACCGAUGACCCCAGUUGUAACUUUUGUGUUACAGUUGUCACCAAUAUUAAGGAUAUAGUGAGCGGAGGACCCACAGAGUUGGAGGUGAAGUACUUCGUUGAGGACGCCUGUCAUUACUUGGGAAGCUUUGAGAAUGAGUGCGUAAGUCUGGCCGACGAAUACCUCGACAGUCUGUUUGCUUAUAUCCGACAAUCACUUCAACCGCAGAAGUUUUGUCAAUCGAUCGGAGCGUGUAAUACAACUGUUGCAGCCAUACAAACCAAUAGAGUGGCCGAUAUAUCAGAGGUGGUGAACAUA